AAACAAUGUUGCCAAAACACUUUGCAACAAAAUCAAAAAGUUUACAUUUGAAUUUAACAUAACAAGAAUAAAUGCAAUCAAGACAAUUCAAUUUAACAGCUCUAACAAAAAGUUACUAGCAGCUAAGAUCCAGCCACAACAGUGGGCAAUAAUACACAACCUCUUCCGUUGAUGUUCCCUUAUGAAUUUGCAAUAAUGAAAUUUCCAAAAGCCAGCUGACAUGUAGUGAACAUAUAGAUGAGAUAUAGUUUAACAAUCCUCUAUAGGCCUAGGUAGGCAGAUUUUGAAGGAGCUCAGUAAAUAAAUAAGAAAUAUUAAACAAAGAUCAACAGAUGAUUAAAUAAACACAUCAUAAGAAAAUGUUUUGAAUAGCAUAUCUAAAUGUUUCUAAUGGAGCGAAAUAUGUUUUACUUUUCACAGUUGGACAGAGACCCUCCUCUCCCUCUGCCCCCCACUUCUAACUCCCUCCCCAACAUUCCACACAUGCGGAGAAGCAACAAGCUACCGAACCAGAAGCAACAGCUAGCAGCCAGCAGCUAUGUCUGUCGGGGACGCGGCGUAUUGACAUGCAAAAGUUUAGAAACACGGAUUUCCUUGUCCUGAGCGCAGGCAAGAGCAACACUUGGUGAAACAGGAUACGGCUGUCGAAACCAUGGGUCAUGGCUGGUUUUCGUAAUAGCUAGUUAUUUACAUUAUUUGAAGCUUCAAAUGUGUGAAAAGUCGCUCGGUCUCUCGUCGUUGAACAAGAUGGCAGCAGCAGCAGCAUCGAUGCAGGAUUUGACUGUGGUGCUGGUCCUCGUUGCUAGCCUGUUCCUUCACGCUCUGGGUGAUAUUAUUUAAGGUAUGGCCUCACAAGUCUUGGUCUACCCAUCACACCUGCACUCAGCUCAAACAAGUGCCUUAAGAACCAGCCACAGUGGUACCAGCAGACACAAAGACGAAGCUCACCGCAGUAAUAACACCAGCAAAGCCUUUCAGCACAGAGCCCCGCCCAAGACCUAUGUGAUAGGAGUCAACUACGGUAUCGCCUAUCCCAACAACGUUAUCCCAUCGUCAACCGGUGCUGAUUUAGGAAGACUGCACAGUGGACUACAGCUUGGAGAGAGGGAGGAGUGGGUGUUGCAGACUGCAGGAUUACAGAGAGAGGAGGGCAGGGAGAGACAAGGAGAAGUUCCAGGUGGGGUCCAGGAGACUCUUUUCCGGAGUCCACAGGAAGUGAGGCUUCAUAGAGACAGUUGUGGAACUCCAUCAGAAGGAGUAUUGGACUGUGGGCUACUAAGGGGGCCAUAUUUUAGAGAAGACAAAGAAGAGGGCACAAACGGAAGAGUACACGCGAGGGGAGCAUACUUUGACCUUCGAGACACAGGUGCCAUCCAGAGAUGUGAACGGAAGGCAGGUAAAGGUGGAGAACAUCCGCUGGAGAACAACUGCGUCGGAACCAUGCAGAUAGUGGAGGAGGAGUCUGCUCUACCUUCACUUCCUCCCCCUGUGGCCAUGUUGCAAACCAGCACUGUGAACAAUGCAGAGACUGUCAGAGUAGGGGGUGGAGGGACAUUGCCUAGUCAUAACAGGGUUGAGGCAGUGACCGGGAUGGAUGGGACCAAAAUGAGGCCUAACGGCAGUACUGAGGCAGUGGCAGGAGCUACAGUGACCAGGACUGGAUCGGGAGAUGGUGACUAUCAGUUAGUUCAGCACGAGGUUCUGUGCUCCUUGAAGAACAGCUACGAGGUCUUGGAGUUUCUGGGUCGGGGCACCUUUGGUCAGGUGGUGAAGUGCUGGAAGAGAGGAACAAAUGAAGUGGUGGCUGUCAAAAUACUGAAGAACCACCCAUCCUAUGCACGUCAGGGACAGAUUGAGGUGGAGAUCCUGGCCCGGUUGAGCAGCGAGAAUGCAGAUGAGCACAAUGUGGUGCGUGCUCUGGAGUGUUUCCAGCAUCGCAGCCACACCUGCUUGGUGUUUGAGAUGCUGGAGCAAAACCUGUAUGACUUCCUUAAACAGAACAAGUUCAGUCCACUGCCACUUAAAAUCAUCAGGCCUAUUCUGCAGCAGGUUGCAAUGGCCUUAAAGAAGCUGAAGUCUCUGGGUUUGAUCCAUGCUGACCUGAAGCCAGAGAACAUCAUGCUGGUGGACCCCUCCAGGCAACCCUACAGAGUCAAGGUCAUUGACUUUGGCUCAGCCAGCCAUGUCUCCAAGGCUGUAUGCUCCACCUAUCUGCAGUCCAGAUACUACAGGGCUCCAGAGAUUAUUUUAGGCCUGCCAUUUUGCGAGGCCAUAGACAUGUGGUCACUGGGCUGUGUGAUAGCUGAGCUCUUCUUGGGCUGGCCCCUCUACCCCGGAGCACUGGAGUACGACCAGAUCCGGUACAUCUCUCAGACUCAGGGCCUGCCUCCCGAGCAGCUGCUCAACAAGGGCACCAAGACCUCUCGUUUCUUCUCCAAAGAGUCUGACUCUCCCUACGCCUCCUGGAGACUAAAAACAACAGAAGAGCAUGAGAAAGAGACGGGACUUAAAUCCAAAGAGGCCAGAAAGUACAUCUUCAGCUGUCUGGAUGACAUAGCUCACGUGAACUUGGUGUUGAGUCCUGAUAACAGUGACAUGCAAGCAGAGAAGGUUGACAGGAGGGAGUUUGUCUCUCUGCUGAGGAGCAUGUUGCUGAUCGAUGCUGAAGACAGAACUGUUCCCUCCAGCGUCCUCAAUCACCCCUUCCUCACUAUGACUCAUCUGCUGGACUACCCACACAGUAACCAUGUGCAGUCAUCUUUCCGUAUCAUGGACAUGUGCCACAGUUGGCCCACCAAUGCAGUUUUUGAUGCUCUGAAUCAGAACACCAUUCAUUUCUCAAGACCUCCUGUAGCCCCCACUGCCUCCUCUGGCCUCCCUCUGGCUUACAGCAACAUACCAGUCCACACUCAGGCUAUAACCCAGUCAGCUUCUUCAGUGUUGCAUCCUGGGAUAGCUCUAGCAGCUGGGAAUGCUCAGUUUGGGUGCAGUGACUCAUUCCCACCUGCCCUUCUUCUCUGUCCUCCCACCAUGCAAGGUAACCUUAACCAAACAGCUGGGUUCGCUGUUCCCAUGGUAACUCAGGCCCCUCCAAUACAGCCCUUACCAGUGAGGCCUGGUGUAAUUGCUCAGGCCUGGUCUAGCCGGGGACAGCAGCUCCUCGUCCCAGCAGCCUGGCAGCAGAUGACUCCAGUGGGUCCUCCGCCCUCUCACCCCCCUCCGCCACCCCCAUCCUCCCUUACCAACGACACCACAGCCGGCCCACAGAGAAUAAGCGACUGGCGGAAAGUGCGUCCCCACAGUCACUACAAUUCACUGAUGCAACAGCCUCUCCUGACUAAUCAGAUGCCGGCCCUCUCUGCCCAUCAGCCAAUCAAUAUUGGCAUAGCUCAUGUUGUGUGGCCCCAGCCAGCCAAUAAAAGGAACAGACACAGCCACAGUAACAGGAACCUGUCCUUCCCCAGCAACGUUCACAUAUCAGCAUGUCGAACCCCCAAGAUGUUCGAUGUCGGACAGGCAGCGGCACAAAGGGAGCAGCCUCAGAGGGAGGUGCCUCUGAUGGAAACCAGGCAACAGGAAGUUCAAAACACAGAUGAAGAGGAAGAUGAUGCAGAGGAGGAAGUGAGCUGCUUCAAAGAGGUGGUGCCAAAUGGUAACAGCCAGCUGAACCUUUCCAGUCAACAACAGCGAGAUGUGGCGGUUCUGAUGGGCGACACACCAAGCCCUGCUGCUAGCGUGAUCAGCAUCCACAGUGAACUGACCGACGGAGAGGACGAGGGGGAAGAUGAAGACCCUCAGACAUGCCGCCUGAGCGAGUGUAAAGACGAGUGUGCGUGUGAGGCUUGCAGACACACCAGUGUGUCUAUGGAGAGAGUGUGUUCCCUCAGCAGCCCCGACAGCAGCCUCAGCACCAGUUCUUUUGCCUCCAACUCACUUCAGUCAAGCCCCUCUGUCUCUCCAUGCAAGAGACCCAACAGCAUGUCCGAGGACGACGGCCACGAGAGCGGCUGUGACACAGUAGAGGGUUCCCCCACGUCCGACACAUCAACCUCCCCACGUGGUAACAGUACCUACCGUUUCCUUGACAACAGUAAUCACAACAACCGCCCACCUUUGGCUGCCAUGGUAGCACCACUGCCUUCCCCUGCAGUGCAGGGCAGGAGUCCCCGUGGUGUCAGGACAAUGGUGGUUCCACCAAUGAGAGUGCAGAACAACAACACUCAAGGGACAGAGGAACGUGUCCAGAGAACAGGUCAUACGGAAGCAGUAGGGGCUUACCGCCCCCUAGUGGGUCAUAGAGGCUUUAACAGUCUCAGAGUCCUGGUCCCGGUCCAAAGGACGCUGCAACUUCGUAGGACAACAGAGCACUCCCUCAUCCGUCCCCCUCUUCCCAUCCGCCCCCCUCCUGUCCCGGCAGCAAAAGGUGACGGGACAGCAGCAGCACCCUCUGGGCUUUGGACAGGUACAGCCGUACGGUUCAAACCACAGCAACAAAGAGUGGAACGGCAACUAUGGGCCGCUGCGACCGCACGCCUACAUCCCCCCUACUGUCCACACACACACCUUCACACACCUGCCGCACAGCAGCCCCACGCACACUUCGGCCGGCCCGCACACUCACAGCCAAGGCCUGCCCACACACACCCUGCUGUCCUACCCUCCCAGUGGCCCCCUCACCGCCGCUCACCACCCCCACACCAUCCUGCCCUCUCGCCCUCCUCCUCCCCCUCUCCUCCAGCACAGCUACAGUCUCUCCCACCCCCAGGGAGGCACUAUAGUUCACCAGGUUACCCUGGGCAUCAGCACCCACCCCCACCACCCUGGACACCCCGCUCCCCAUCCUCACAGGCUCCUUCCUUCCCCGACCAUCCACCCACAUCACCAGCCUGGCUAUGCCCACCACCCCCACCAGUUCAAGCCUCCCUUCCCCCCUCCUCACCCUUACAUGGCCUCCCCGGCCGCCUACACAGGCUUCCCUCUGAGCCCCACGAAGCUCAGCCACCACCCCCAGUUCUCUUAUAUCUGAGGAGCAGGGCGGGGCCGCAGCAGUACCUUCUUGUGAGGAGGGGCAACAGGAAAUGGACUGGGGCUGCGACCUGGGCAGGUAGAGCUAGCAGCAGAGCACAAAACGGACACUUAUGAUGAGGAAGAAGAAAAUAUGGUUAACAAGCGGAUGAUGGAUAAAAAUGUAACAUGGGGGGUGGAUAAAGAAGAGUAACAGUGCUGAAGAUGAUGUUUUAUGGUGACACAGCCUCUGUAAUCUGGAGGUCGGUGAUCAUAUUUGAUUGUCAGAGCAACUUCAACUCUGGAAAACCUCCUGCGAAAUCAUGGCAGCCAACGGAGGAAACAGUGAUUGAUUAAACUGCAAAGCUUUAUAAGAGAGCAUCACAAAAGUGAAUGAAUUCACAUAUGAUGACAUGGACAUUUUAAUUAAGAAUGUGUCCUUUGCACAUUACCUCCUGUCAUUUGUUGUUUGAGUAGUGUUAAGAGAAUAGGAUCCAAUUACAGGCUGGAAAUCAUUUGUUGUAAUCGCUGUCAGGCCCAUCAGCCUUCCCCCUUCCCUUUAUCUUUGUUGCCUUGUAGCAUGUGCUAGCCGGUCAGAUCUGUUUGUUAAGCCAUCCAAGUCUGUAUUAACCAGGAUUGAAUGCUCCUGUCAUCGUUUGAGGCAGACUUUACUGCUGCCGUCUCCUAGUGCCUUAAAACCAGAGUCUAUGACGUUACUUCAGGAGCUUAUAGAUUGUACAUUUAAAUGGGUUUGCAGCACUUAACCUUCAGACUCUGAACACGAUGGGCUUAUUGGAUAUAUAUGAGGAUAAUGCUUGUGGUUAUGUUUUAAUAUUGGCAAAUGUUGGACUUCAGUUUGCUUUGUGACUCAGAGUAUUGAUUUACUUUAGCUAGAGGCUGCACAUUUAGGGCUUUGACUGAAUGAGCUUUUUAUGUACAUAAAGAGUGAUUUGAUAUUUUGAUAAUCGAUUUCUAUUCACUAUAGUACUUAAUUCAUAACAGUAUUGUCACUGUUUACUGUAACUGCAAUACAAUCUAGAUAGCCUCUGGGUUGCUGUGUUUUUAUUUAGCGUUUAGGCUGGACUUGCAUUAAUGCAUUUUAUGUUUUAGUUUUUUGGGAGUGGCAUAGACUUAAAAAAAAAAGAUUGUUUUAUGUUUUUACUUUUAAAUGCUUCUCAGUGUUUGAAAUAACCUAUAAACUUACAGUAUCACUGCUGGGCUGUUGAGUGUUAGAUCUGUAUCGGUAAUUGUUUCAAAUAUUUGUGUGAGGCAAAACUUUUGUCCAUGUAUUGAAGCCUGUUGUCAGUUUUGAUACAUUCCUUCAGGGUGGAUGCAUAGCCUUGAUUUUGUGUUUUUGAUUUCCAGUGUGUAGUAGAGCUGUGUAUUUACCUGUCAUAUCAGCUGGUAUUUUUACUCCAAUCAGCACCAAAGACUGUUCAUUAAUCAUUUCUGAAGCAUGGUCGAUACAAUUUCUCCUUUCACCUCCAGCAUACUGUUGCAGUUACUACCAUUGGAAUAUAUUGUGAGAUCUCUAUUUUAAAAAUGAGGUUGAGGUUUUAUUUUUCUGAGCUAUGUUUGGCAAAUUGUAUUUGGAAUGUAUAGAUAAUAAGCUGCUAUGUACUGAUUAUCUGCCACUUCGUAGCUGUGAAUUUAGAGGAUUAAUCUCAUUCUAGCCUGCAUUCUCCCUCUCUUGUAUUGUAGUUCUGAAAACUAGAGACAAUAGAAGUGGGUUCUAUUUUGGAGUAUAUUGAAUGCUAUUCCUAUAUGCUAGUGCCUCUGUAUAUUGGCUUUGUUGUUUUGAAGUGAUUGUAAACUGCUGUAAUGGAAGUUAUGAGUUUUCUCUUAUUAUUUAGUUAUUCUGUUGCUUUUUGGUGUGUGUGUGUGUGUGUGUGUGUGUGUUUUUGUGCGUGUGCAUUUAGCAUCAGUAUUUGAAAUGUAGGCUGGGUUCACUCUUGGAUUCUGUAACCAGUGUGGUGUUAAUGUAUUAUCGUUUUUCUUCUGAUGACAUGGCUUUUAUUUCCGUUAUUGGACUGUAUUUGCAACUCUCCGUACUGUACAACUAGUGCCUUUCUUCAAACAAGUGGCUGACAGAUGACGUCUUGCAUUGAUAUCAAAGCAGUCUGAAAAUUUGUAGACUAUUUCCUUCUAAGGGGAUCAGCUCACAAAACCCCAAAGUUAUUUGUUUGACUAAGAUGAGGUCUAAAAACAAUCUUUUUUACAGAAUCCUAAGAAAGUACAAGUCAGGGACUUAUUGCGCUCACCAAGAACACCGUGCAGUACUCAAAAACAUAGGGCCUGAAUAAACACAAAUACAAAGCUUUAUUCUCAACGUGAAUGUAUUUGUGGAACUCGAGACAUCUGUUUUUGGUUUGCAAAUGAGUUAUUUGUUGCAUUUCUGAUGGCUACACAGCAUUUGCUCUCAUUUUGUGAUGGGAUGUUGAUAGAUCUUGUAUGCAGCUAUUACCAUAGGUUGUGUUUCAGGGUUUCUUCAAAAUGCUUUAUCUCUCAAUCAUACUCAACAUUUAGGUCCAAAGUUGUCCCAUCCUCAACUAUGGCAGCAUAUUGCCACUGUGACCAAAAAAAAAUUUGCUAACUUUCUUGUUUCUGAGUUUUCACAAGAUCCUUUUCACGUUCUAACAAGAGAUUUUUCAUGUUAUGACGUAUUUUCCCAUUAAUUCUAGAUACUUCUGUUUUUAAGAGAUGUUUAUUGAUAUAACAAACAUUUCUUGUAAAAAAAUAAAAAUAAUAAUAAUUAUCUAGUAAUGCGAAAUAAUGUCAUAGUAACAUGUACAAUGUCUUACUGUAACAUGAAACUGAGCAAAUAUUUUUUGCAGGACACCCCUACUUAAUGUAUUACAUUGUAAUGGUUUUACUACAUUGCUUGUAAUGGGUGUAUUUUGUGUACUCGUCUAAUAUGCUACUGUGUUGAUGGUCCUUAGACAAAAGAGAGGAUGCACUGUUCAACGUGGUGUGCAGCCUAAAAUUAGAACCGAUAGGUGUGUCACGGCACACUCAUCUGUACUUUACUUAAAGGAAAAUGUUGUUUUCAUCCUGUGGUGUGCAGCCUCUCAUCUGUCAUCAUAUGUCUGUUCUUUCCGUCAGCUCAGCACUUGUGACGAGAUGAACACAUGUCCCACCUCAGUGAGUCCCAUGCCCUAAUCCCCCACCACUUUGGGUUGAUUGCUUAGGAUAGAUAAUCCCACCUCCCUGCAGCCUUAAUGCUGACAGUUGCAUCAUCAAAGUCACAUGUGGGUCACAGUCCUACAGUCAAAGCUCAACAAGCACAUGGCGCUCAGCAGUCUAAAGUAUAAAUAAAAGCAGGGAAAUUCAUCUUAUUGUCCCUCUUAACAAAAAAAUGGAUAUGGCAAAUAGAGAGAGAUUUGGCUGUAGUCUAUCUUUCAGAAAUGAAGGUUUUGGUCCCUGUGGGCCUUCAAUUCCUGGGACCUCAUGACAAAACUGCCAACUCAACAAACACGAGUGUGACCAUCUCAUUUGGGUACUGGGCUGAAAAAAGAAAUAUUUGACUUCUAAGACACAUUUUACGUAGAUUUUGUACCACAACUAUCUAAUUAUCGGGUUGACAUUUAUUGUAUUUAGACACAAAUAUGUAGACAUGAUUGCUAAAUUGAAACUGUUACUGUUCUAAAUAUGUGUAGACAUGUGUGGCUUUAUUAUUUUAUUGUAUUUCCUUGAUUCUUUUUUUUUGCUACACUAGAUUGACAUGUAGCAACUGCACUGUGCAAUAUACAACAAUAUGAGGACUGGGAAAAUGAUUAUGUUUGGAUGUAUUCAUGUGUGUCUUAACAGUUUGCGGUCGUUCCCACCCCCUAGUUCUCAGUGAGUUUCAAUGUGACCAAGCCCUAUGUACUUUGUCACAAAAAGCGGGUUCCUUCUUGGUGACUCUUAUUGGUAAGUGUCAAAUUAUGAAUUGAUGGUGUACUAUGUCAAGAUUAACUUUGAAUUAAAAAAAAAAUCUUUUUGCUUCAGU